GCUCCUCAGACAGACGAGGAGAGGCAUUUGGAGGUCUGGGUUGCGCGGGCAUUAGAUAUUAAGUACAAAUCGACAGACGCUUUUUAGCCAAAGUAACUCCAAAUGUCUCCUUGAAAAAGUUUGGGUCAAGGGCAACAUGGAGAUGGUUUAUGAUUCAGCCCUUGCGGGAUUGAAAUGUCUAACCUUUGGGUUACCAACACAGACGUUUAAGCACUAGGUUUCGUCGCGGAGCAGCGCGCAACGGCACCCGGCGUUUCCAUUUACGCGCGUCGUUCUCCCGCUUUUGGCACAAUGGCGCACCCCGGCAACGCGUCGCACCCCGUCAACUCCACGGACCCGUUCGGGCGCGACGAGGAAGUGGCGAAAAUCGAGAUCGCGGUGCUCAGCGUCACCUUCGCGGUCGCCGUGAUCGGGAACUGCAGCGUCCUGGUGGCCAUCCACAACACCAAGAAGAAGACCUCCCGCAUGCACCUGUUCAUCAAACACCUGAGCCUGGCGGACCUGGUGGUCGCGUUCUUCCAGGUCCUCCCGCAGCUGUGCUGGGAAAUCACCUUCCGCUUCUACGGCCCGGACUUUCUGUGCAGGAUCGUGAAGCACCUGCAGGUGAUGGGCAUGUUCGCGUCCACCUACAUGAUGGUCAUGAUGACCCUGGAUCGCUACGUCGCCAUCUGCCACCCCCUCAAGACCCUCCAGCAGUCCACCCGGAGGUCCCACAUCAUGAUCGCGGGCACGUGGAUCAGCAGCUUGCUCCUCAGCACCCCUCAGUACUUCAUCUUCUCCCUCAGUGAGAUCCAGAACGGCUCCGAGGUGUACGACUGCUGGGGUCACUUCAUCCAGCCCUGGGGGCUCCGCGCCUACAUCACCUGGAUCACGGCGGGGAUUUUCCUCAUCCCGGUGAUCAUAUUAAUGACCAGCUACGGGUUCAUAUGCCACAGCAUCAGGAUGAACAUCAGAUAUAAGACCAAGAAGACGCCGGCGGACGGCGCGCACAAGAACGGGCUGAUCGGGAAGAACUCGGUGAGCAGCGUCACCACGAUCUCCAGAGCGAAGUUACGCACCGUCAAGAUGACUUUCGUCAUUGUUCUCGCCUAUAUCAUCUGCUGGGCCCCCUUCUUCACCGUGCAGAUGUGGUCGGUGUGGGACAAGAACUUCAGCUGGGAUGAUUCGGAGAACACGGCCGUCACUCUCUCCGCGCUGCUGGCCAGCCUGAACAGCUGCUGCAACCCGUGGAUCUACAUGGUCUUCAGCGGGCACCUCCUGCAGGACUUCGCUCACUGCUUCCCCUGCUGCCACAAGAUCCAGCAGAGCUUCAGGAAGGAGGACUCGGACAGCAGCCUCCGGAGGACCACGCUGCUCACCAAGAUGGCCAACCGCAGCCCCACGUGCAGCUCGGGCACCUGGAAAGACUUCGAGCACUCGCCCAAAAGCAGCAGGUCGGCCCCGGCCGAGACGUGACUCCACCGAGACUCCAGACUGAGACGUGAAACACGCUCAGGAGAUGCGACGGAGCUACUCGAGAGUAAACACGGACUCGGAGGAGUCUGGAGCUGCGAAAACCAAUCGAUCGUUGGGGGAUGAUUGUCCGUAUCUGAGCACCGUUUGAGAUCUUUGAUGGAGGCUUUGGCGCUCCUCGCUGCCGUUGGGUUCAAUCUCCAUUUGUUGAGUCUCACUGCUGUCGGAGAGGAGGUCUUCUUGCUGAAAACUGAUUUUUUUUUUUAAAAAAGAAAAAAAGCUAUAAGGACAUUUACAGUACCGGUCAUGCAUUUGGAAUAAUGCGUAAUAUUGAGGAAAAAAUCGAAAUGCUCGACAAAGCUGCAUUUAUUUGGUAAAAAAAAAUGGAAAAAUGGGGAAACGUUCAUAUUUUAAGGGAAAUCGCUUUAUAAUAAACAUUUAAACAUAAUGUUAUGAACACAAAUGGGAGAUUUAUUCAUGCCAUUUAAUUAUAUAAAACAAAAAUCAUAUAUUUUGUGUGAAUAUAUUGUAAAAUAUAUAUAUAUAUAUAUAUUGUAAAAUGCAAUUUAUUUCGGGGAUCAAAGUUGAAUUUUUAGCAUUUUCAGUGUCACGUGAUCUUUCAGAAAUCAGUCGAAUGCUGCUCAAGAAUGUUUCUGAUUAUUUCGAGUGUUCAUCUGAUUCAUAUUUUUUGUGAUAAACGCGGCACGGCCUUUUAAUGAAUCCUUUUAUUCAGCAAGGAGCGAAUUAAAUGGAGCAAAAAAGACAUUUAUGCGACAAAACGUAUCUAUUUUAUAUAUAAGCGUUUAUUUGUUUAUUAAUUUCACUCCACCAAAUGUGUUUUGGGCAUCAAGUUAGAGCGAUCAAUGAAGGCCGAUGCUAAAAAUCGAGAUUUGAUGACAGGAAAAAAAUUACAAUUUAACACGUAUUGAAAAAGAAAAUUGUUCUUUUAAAUUACAAUAAUAUAAAGAAAUUUAACAGCAUUUUUUGAUCAAAUAAAUGCAGUCCCGUUGAGCAAAGGAAACAUGCUUUUAAUAAAUAGCACACACAAAAAAUGUAUUUAUUUUUAAUAUUAAUACGUGAAAGCACUUGUGUUUUAUAUCCGAAUUUCGCAUGCUUUGCAAGCUCUCGUCCCGCGCUGCUCGUACAGAUCGAUUGUCCAUUAAGGAAACGCUGGGAACAUGGAAAACGCCGUAAAUCUCUUUAGGGACUGUGGCACAAUGAGUCCAGCGAGGCAUUUCCUGCGAUAAGCGUCUACUUGAGCCCGCCGCUGGAUUUAUUUUGGCCCCGAGUGCGCGCCUCUCUCGCCAAAGUAAACCAGACACCUGCUGCCAGGGACGGAGCCGAGAGCGAGCGAAAAUACAUAUCGGUUACCAGACGAUGAAUGAACGGUGCACUAAACAAAACAUAGGAAACGGUCCGCUUGGUGAAAUGUUAGCCUCACUUUGGCGAGAUUCGUCGCUUAGCUCGAUGUCUUCACACGAGCGAGCAUGCCUCCACUGCUCUUUUCAGGUGUUUUGAUGUACGCGUAAAGAGAAAUUGUGUUUAAUGCGAGAUAUAUUGGGUUUGUGUAAAUAUUUUAUAUUAUAAGUUGUAAAUAAAUGACAGUGACAGAC